GAAUCCGAGGAGCGACAACCACAAACACAGCAUCCUCCUGUGGACGCCCCACUGCCCCAUCUUUGGAGAAAGGCACCGAAACUCAGCCCAGUUCUCUCCUGACUCCCAUCGCGUCCCGAAAGGUGAAAAGGAACCUGGGUGACAACCUCGUGAGGGCGAGCGGCACUGAAACGACGACGGCCGUCACAUGCCCCACAACGACAUCAAAAUCCACAACAACAGUUUGCGCAUUUUCCUUCUGCUUUUUUGGUGCCGCUGUGGCGCAACAAGCUCGGGGACGUCGGCGAGGCAGUGUGGGGAGGGUGGAGGUCAAGGGUCAUGUCCCCGACAUGCAGGGCAUGAGUCAGGAGAAAAUGCAAGAACAUUACAUUGGAUCACUCGGGCUCAUCACGACUUCAUUUGGCGGGUCACAUUGCGGACAAUUUGGGAUUCUGAGUAUUGUUCAAUUGGAUCGAUCCUGACCCGGCUUCCCUUUGAGGAUCCUUCGUCAGAAGUCAACAGCAGCAAAGAGGAAGAGGAUGAUGCCCCUCGGUCCACAUGACUUCCCCGUCUCAUGCGCUCUAAUGAGGGAUGAGAUGCGUCUCGUUAGCGAACGUCACAUGUCUCUGUGCUCACCAGCGCUAGAUUCAAUUAUUGCGCACAAACAGGAAAACCACAGCAGGGGCGAGCGGGCCAGUGGGAGGACAUCUCGUCGGAGCUGGACGUCCGCUCGAGGGCCACCGGGACUACUUUGACUUUAUCCCUUUUUAUUUUCCAAAAUGGGAGUCUCGCAAUACGUUUGGCUUCUCGCCUGCUUCGGCUUUGUUUACCGAGCGGAGGGACGCAAAACAUACGCUGACGUGUUCCCCCACAAGCAUGCAGCGGCAGGAAAGUCGCCUUGGCCCAUCCCAGCCAUCCCGGGUUGGAAUCCUGACACCGUCCCGUGGGACGAUUACCUCUACCCCCCCGUUAAACCCCAGCCCAAGCAGCUCACGCGCAGACCAGGGGGCAAGCCCGCGGUCCGCCUCACAAGCGACAGCCCCGCCCUCAACGGCUCCGUCAUCUCCUUCACGGCCAAGCUGGAGUUCCCCCCGUGCCAGAAGGAGGACGACAGCGGGGAACUGGUGUGGGAUGAACGCUGUGACGACGCUAAUGGACAAGUGCGCUCGGGCUACGUGUACAACUGGACGUCCUGGUUGGAGGACUACGGCUUCGGGAAAUGCGCGGACCCCGCCAAGUGCAACGUGUUCCCGGACGGGAAGCCUUUCCCCCAGAGUAACGACUGGAGGCGCAAGAACUACGUCUACGUCUGGCACACCAUGGGACAAUAUUACGAGACAUGUGACGGCCACUCGUCCAGGCUGACCCUCAACACCUCCAGCAUCCCUCUGGGAGCAGAGGUCAUGGAGGUCAUGGUGUACCGCAAACGCGAGCGCAGGAAGUACAGCCCCUUGAGCACCGACAACACCGUUUUUUUCGUCACAGAUAUGAUCCCAGUGGCGGUGGACAUCUCCCAGAAGGGCGCGGUCAACGAGUCCGACAACGUGUUCUUCCGGGGUGAGGAUGUCGUCUUCCGAGUGCGCCUCCACGACCCCAGCGGUUACCUCAAGACGGCGGCGGCCAUCGACUACAUGUGGGACUUCAGGGACGGCAACCAGCUGGUGACCCACCGCGACGUGACCACGCACGCCUACGGCAAGGUGGGCAACGUCACCGUCAAGCUGGUGGUGGAGGCGGCGUUUCCGAGGGCGUGUCCACCUGCUGCCCCCACGUCCGAGCCCGGCGCCUCCACUCCGACACCGCCCCCAUAUGAACCUUCCACAUCUCCACUAGGCCCCACGACCACCACCCAAGCGAUCUCGGCGACAUCCGGCUCAUCUCCCGUCACCGCGACGACGGGCUUACCCACCACGGAAUUCCUCCCGUCCAUCGUGUCCGGCGCGACCCCGGAGUCGACUCCCUACUCUCCGCUCCGCAGCAAGCGCGUGCUCAAGGGCGGCGGGUGUUUCCGCUACGUUUACGGGUUCUUCGCGGGGAACAUCAGCAUCAUCGAGCCCAAGCACUCAGUGAAGAGCAAGGCCAACAGCCGCAUUGUGGAGGUUCUGGCUGCCAGAGUAACCAAGACCGACGUCAGCUUCCUGGUGAAAUGCCUCGGCAGCAUCCCCACGUCGGCGUGCACCAUCGUGUCAGACGCCGCCUGCACUCGGGUGCACAGCAUCACGUGCGACGACGUUCCUCCGUCCGCAAAGUGCGAGGUGAGCCUGAGGAGGACCUUUCCGCAGCCGGGGAUCUACUGCGUCAACAUCACGCUGGGGGACUCGCGCAGCCUGACCCUGACCAGCACCACUGUCACCAUCAACAAGUCCCAAGCGGGCCCCGAGUCCAAAAACGCACAUGCGACUGAAGUGAUCCUUUCUACAAGCGCCGUACUAGUAGCCUUCUUUGCAUUGAUUGCAUGUGUUGUUUACAGACGCUACAAGGUGUACCGGCCCAUUCGUAGGUCAGCGCUGGGGGGCGCGAUGCACCUGAGGGAGCUCCUCUUCCCCUCGGGCGAGGAGAGCCACCACCUGCUGACCGAGAGGCGUACCAUCUAGGUGCCAAAGGUCAUGCACGUUAAAUGGUGGAUCCAUUGCAUGGAAAACAUGAGCAUCCAAUGCCGUUUAAUACUCAAGAUGAUGUCAUUUGUAUGAAAUUGUGUUGAGUUAUUUUACUCAAAAUCAACUUCCAAGUCUUUUUCUUCAAAUCUUUUUGUGAUGUAUUGACUCACGUCAGAGAGGUAAUCUGUGUAUGCGAUCAAUUUGCAGAAAUACAUUCCACAAUUGUUUAAACAGUUGCUAACAAGUGUAAAGCAGUCACGCUUGAACUCGUCAUUAAAUGCGAAAAGAACACAGACGCUAAUAAAAGGUGCCAACU